CGUGAAUAGUAGAAGAGAAGAUGUUGAUGUUAUUGUUGUUGUGCUGUGUUGUUCGUGUUAUGCCAUCCGGUUCCUGACCCACACCCACCUAUCCAUUUCCUCCAUACCAAACCCACUCCUUUUCCUCUCCAUUUCCUCCGAUUAAUCCACCCAAUUUCAUUUCAUCCCCGGCUUCCCUCUCCAUCUCUUCAUUUCCGCUACAAUUUGCCCAUUAAAACCCCAUGAGGAGAGGAAGAGGAGCCACCGCCGCCGUCCCCGCCGCCGUUCCGCAAGAGAAAUUGGUGGAAUCCAACGGAUCUACACCUCAAGGUAAUAAUAAUAACAACAACCAAAUAACAGAACCCAGAUACAGAGGCGUUCGGAAAAGACCAUGGGGAAGAUUCGCAGCUGAGAUCCGCGACCCGUAUAAAAAAACCCGAGUCUGGCUCGGCACUUUCGAUUCCGCCGACGAAGCUGCCCGUGCCUACGAUACAGCUGCCCGAUCCCUCCGCGGUCCCAAGGCUAAAACAAAUUUCCCGUUUUUACCCCCGUUUACGUGUCAAGACCCGUUCAUGGAUGACCGGUUAUAUACCCGAACCGGGUUUGACGAUGAGAUUCUUGUGAAUCCGCAGCGGCCGGCGUCCAGUACUCAGAGUAGUACUGUAGAGUCGUUUAGCGGUCCAAGGCCGCCGCAACCUCCUCCGCCGCCAAGGGUAUCGAAAAGAUCUGGUGGUGCGUUGGCGGCGGUGGAAGAUUGUCGGAGUGAUUGUGAUUCGUCGUCAUCGGUGGUGGUUGAUGAUGGAGAUGUCGUUGUGUGUUCUUCGUCGUCGUUUUGUAAAAAUGCUUUACCUUUUGAUCUGAAUUUUCCACCGUUGGAUCAGGUUGACUUUUGUUGUGGUGGUGAUCAUGAUGUAGAUCUUCUUUGUUGUACUGCUUUGCGUCUCUGAUGAUGAUAAUUGAUGACUGUGAUUUUAUGAUAUGAUUAUUAAUUAUUAAACAUCAUCUAUUUUUUCUUAA